AUGUCAAUGAAAACAACCGAAGUUGAUUUCUCCACAUUUUCUGGCCUGGACGUCGACUUCUUUGGAAAGUGCGCAGUUGCCUCAUCGGCAGACGGAGUCGUGCGAAUCCUGACCGUAGCAGACGGGAGACUGUCGCAGAGGGAGGAGCUCCGUUGCCACGGUGGCCCAGUCACAGCAGCCAAAUUUGCUGAAGAGGGAACUGCGAUAUUCAGCGCCGACUUCACCGGUCUCCUGGUCCAGUGGUCGAAGCAGGGCGGAUUGUUCCAGAAGAAGUC